UGACUUUCGCGAAAAAUAAAAUCCCCCCUCUCAUUUGACAUCUGCAUUUUUACGUGUUUAUUUUAACUAAGUUACAAAAUUUUUUAAGUUAAUAAUUAAAAAAUCAUCAGAAAUGGAUGAAGAUAAGAAACAAGCUAGCCAUCCGUCCACAAGUAAAAUCGAGGAUAGAAGCAACAACUCACGGCAAGACGUGCGGGGAGAGGAACAAGACGUGCAAUCAAAUUCAUUCGUAUCAGAAUCUAGUGUGUACACUGACAACAGUUUUAUAACGACCGCCAACGAGGCAAAGGAGAUAACGAAAAUUAACAGGAUAAUGAAAGAGAUUUCCGAUCAGAAAAAAGGGAAGACACAUCGAGCCGGCAGAGUACAGAGGCGGCGCGCGCGCCCUCGAGCUAGUCAUGGUUUAAGAAGAUCUGUAAAAUAUGAGCCUAGAAGUAGAAACACCAGAAGAACUCGUGACUUCUCUGUGUCGACGCUGUUUCGCGGGAUGCAGACCCGCUGUCAGUACUGCGGGCAUCGAUGUCGCAGAAGAAGGUAUAAGGGAAAACGAAGACGUAAGAACAUUUGGAGACGAAGACCGCGGAAACUUGAUAAAAUCAAGAUUAUUAAAAAACGACGACAUCGUUUGAUAAAGAAUAAAUUGAAUUCAGUCUGCAUCCAGGCAGGCUCCACCAGUAAGAUGCUAUCUUCUCUAUUUAUGAAAACUAAUAACCAGUUAACGGACAAUGUGAACUACAGAGAAGAUUACAAUGAGAUAUCGCCAGAAAUGAUUUGUGAAGCAUUGGAAAGGCUGGGUAGAUGGAAGCAAAGUGUCAAUACAAACUCCAUAUUGAACUAUGUGCGGAUGAAUUACCCAGUGAGUCAAGAUAUCGCUUUUUUAGAAAGAGAUUUGAGAGAAAAGCUUUACAUCGCAACUGUCUGUGGGAUAGUAACAGACUUGAAGAGUGACAAUUGGGAGCUGACGACGCCAUUGCAGGAGCAGAGGCUAACAGAAACACACGUCACUCUCUUCUGGAAGCUCUACGCUGACACUAUGACACCUAUCACACCCAUUAAGAAUGUUCCAGAACCUGACAAAACUACAGAAGACGCAGAGAUCGGCUUACGUUUUAAAAUGUAAAGAUAUUUGUUUUAGAGGCCUCGGUUGAAUUUCUACUACAAGUUGAUGCAUGCAUGCACAGUCGUGCAUGCAUCCACGCAUGCAUGCAUGCACGUAUAUCAUCGAAAUAAAUCUAUAAACUUGA